ACCAAUUUAUCCAUACUUCCAAACCAAUUUUUUCUUAUAGGAUUGUUACAUUCUUUCUCUCUAAAAUAACAUAUCAAACAUGAAUUCAAUUUUCUAUGUUUUAGUACUAGUUCUUAUUCUUCAAAAUCCUCUUGUAACACAAUGUCACAGCAAAGGUCUUCGACCAAAACCUUACAAUGGAAUUAAUAACUCUGCAAACAUGACCAAAGUUCAAGAAUCAGAACAACAGUUCAUGAAAUGGGUGAAAUUCAUCGGUGCUCUCGAUCACACCGUCUUUCGAACAGCGAAAAACAAGCUUUUUCCUUCUUAUACUCUCAAUGUCUAUAAGAAUUCCAAAAAAAGAGGGUUCUCAUCUAUUCAAUCCGCCAUUGAUUCUCUUCCAUUCAUCAACCUAGUUAGAGUUGUCAUCAAAGUUCAUGAAGGUGUUUACACAGAGAAAGUUUACAUUCCUCCAUUGAAAUCAUUCAUAACAAUACAAGGAGCAGGUGCAGAUAAAACAAUUGUUCAAUGGGGUGACACUGCUCAAACACCUAAUCCUGGCGCAAAAGGACAAACAUUAGGAACCUAUGGUUCUGCAACUUUUGCUGUUAAUUCACCUUAUUUUAUUGCUAAGAACAUCACAUUCAAAAACACUGCUCCAAUUCCAGCACCAGGAGCAGUUGGAAAACAAGGUGUGGCAUUGAGGAUUUCAGCUGAUAAUGCAAUAUUUCUUGGAUGCAAAUUUUUAGGUGCACAAGAUACUCUCUAUGAUCAUCUUGGUAGACAUUAUUACAAAGAUUGUUAUAUUGAAGGCUCCGUCGAUUUCAUAUUCGGCAAUGCGCUCUCUCUUUUCGAGGGUUGUCACGUGCAUGCGAUAGCAGAGAAUACAGGGGCAGUAACAGCACAAGGAAGGAGCAGUAUAUUAGAGGACACGGGAUUCUCAUUUGUACACUGUAAGGUCACGGGAUCAGGAGCACUAUACCUUGGAAGGGCUUGGGGUCCUUUUUCUAGAGUUGUCUUUGCUUAUACAUACAUGGACAAUAUCAUCAUUCCCAAAGGAUGGUAUAAUUGGGGUGAUCCCAAUCGAGAAAUGACUGUAUUCUAUGGACAAUACAAGUGCACAGGACCAGGAGCAAGCUAUGCAGGAAGAGUAUCAUGGUCAAGGGAACUCACUGAUGAAGAAGCUAAACCUUUUAUUUCACUUAGCUAUAUUGAUGGCUCUGAAUGGAUUAAUUCAUUCUUUUGAUUUUAGAGAAAAUUUGCUUGUUUUCUCAUGGCACAAAUUUUUUUAUGUAAAAAUUCCAUAAUAAUAAUAAUAAUAAUAAUAAUAAUAAUAAUAAUAUAAUAAUAAUAAUAAUAAUAAAGAUAAUAAUAAUAAUAAUAAAGAUAAUAAUAAUAAUAAUAAUAUGUAUAUAUACUACUCCCUUUGUUUCAAUACCCUUGCAAGCUUUAUGUUAAUAAAUGCAGUUACAUUGAGGAUUAAUCACGACAACUUUGUUUCAAUAUCCUUGCAAGCUUUAUAUAAAUAGAAAAGUAGAUGAAAUGAAUCGGAAAGGGGGUGUGAAUUUUAUGUCCUAUAAGGAGAUAUUCAAAGUAGUCAUCAAAUAGAUGUACUCAAAUUUGAGGAAGAUAUGAAAGGUUAUGUGUGUGCUGAUAUCUUUUUUUAACAUAUAGUAGAUGAAUCUAUAGUUAUAAUAGAAGAUGAAGUAAGAGAGUAUGUUGAAUUUGUACAUGAACCAAUAAAUAUUGACUCGAAUUAUGAGGUUUAAGUUAAGAAGGGGGGAAUGUCUAAGGUGAGCAGAGUGAAAAUGUAAAUGUUUAGCAGAUGGAAGAAGUCCAGAUUGAGGAGAAGGAAGAAGUCCAGUUUGUGAAUAGGAUAAAUCCAUGUUGAGGAGAUAUAAGAAGUCUAUGUUGAUGAGGGGGAAUAAGUCCAUUUUGAGGAGAGGGAAGAAGUUCAGAUUUAGAAAAGUGCAUAUUCGUUAAACAAGUGACUCCAAACACAAGGUUGAGGUGAAUUGUGUGGGUUUGAAAAUGAUGUCCAAAUUAAAUUAUUUGAUAAAAUAUGAGUUUAAAAUAAAUUUAUAAAACAAUAGAAAGAUAAGCAUCGAAAUAAAGAAAAUCGGACAUAAGGAAAUGCAACAGAACUAAAUAACAAAAAUGUACAGAGAUAAUGGAAGAGAAAGAUGCACUAGAUAUUUACAGAUGUUUUGCCUAAUGAUUUAGCCUUCUCAUCUUCCCACAAGAACUUUUUCUUUGAAGUUUUCACUAUGAUGUGAGCUUUUGACAAGUUUUGCACACUAACCUCCUUACAAAAAGACUAAAAUUUUAUAAUGGUUUUCCUCACAACCAAACACGAGAAGUUUAACUAUGGAGACCUCUUAACUAAGAUUUACCACCAAGACAAUCUCAAGCCAAACGAGUGAUUUUAAUAUCGGCUACGCUCAUGAACCAAACAAGAGUUUUAAUUACAGAGACCCCCAACCAAAUAGAAGUAUUAUCAGGUUCACCUCAACAACUAGGCAAGAGCUUUCCAAUUGGAUUAGCUCGCAGCAAAAUCAAAUUUCUUACAAUGGAAUAUUUAAUAUUUCCCUCACACCUGAACCAAACACCUCACAAAUAAAUGACUCACUCUCAAAAUCACUAAGACAACUGUGAAGAAUAUAUAUAUAUAUAUAUAUAUAUAUAUAUAUAUAUAUACACAGAGAGUGAGAGAGAGAGAGAGAGAGAGAGAUGAGCUUCAAAGCUCUCUUGAGGCUCAUGAGCAAGGGUUAGAUAAGAGGAGUAACGAAAAGGAAAAGGUUGAGAUCACUUUGUAAGCACAGUUCAAUGAGAAGAACAAGAAGUCAAAAGGAAACUAGUCCAAGAAAAAUAAAGGGAAUUUUCUGAAUUUUGGUUGAAAAGAUUCAAAAAAUUCGAAGAGUUUGACAUAUCAAAGGGGGGAGAGCAACUGCAACAAAAAUGGUAGUCAGGGCAACUUUAGAGGUGACAAGUUUGACAAGAGU